CCCUCUUUCCCCGGCCACCACACCGUGAGUGUAUAACUCACUGUCCUUCAAAACCUUUAAAAAAGAAAAAAAUAUAUAUAAAAAAUACAAAAUACCAAAAAUCUCAAAAAGAAUUACUUGUAAACGUCAAGCCGUAUUUUAAAAAAAGGACAAAGUUAUUUAUUUAUUUUUGUUUUGUUUUUAAAACACGAGGUUUCCAUCUGACGCCAAAUCUACACUGGACUCCAUAUGCAGCCGUAGAUGUCAUUUCUACCGACAACGUGUAUUUGGAGAAUAGCGUAAAAGUUUCAACAGACGCGCGUUUUGUCACCCGAUUCAAGGACGCACUUUACGCACAGGCUCAGACGAUCGUUUCAGCAUUAGUUGUUGCCCAGACAAACCCUAAGCUUAGCACCGAGACAUGAACACAGCGACCGCGGGGAGUUACCCGAUGGCUUCUCUCUAUGUGGGCGACCUGCACCCUGACAUCACGGAGGCGAUGCUGUACGAGAAAUUCAGCCCGGCCGGCCCGGUGCUCUCCAUCCGGGUGUGUCGGGAUAUGAUCACCCGGCGCUCGCUCGGCUAUGCCUACGUCAACUUCCAGCAGCCUGCGGACGCGGAGAGAGCUUUGGACACAAUGAACUUCGAUGUGGUCAAAGGAAAGCCAAUCCGAAUCAUGUGGUCACAGAGAGAUCCUUCACUCAGAAAAUCCGGUGUCGGAAACGUCUUCAUUAAAAAUCUGGACAAAUCGAUCGACAACAAGGCCCUGUAUGACACCUUCUCUGCUUUUGGAAACAUCCUGUCCUGCAAGGUGGUGUGUGAUGAGAACGGAUCUAAGGGCUACGCCUUUGUGCAUUUUGAAACUCAGGACGCUGCCGACCGCGCCAUUGAGAAGAUGAACGGCAUGCUGCUGAACGACCGCAAGGUGUUUGUGGGGCGUUUCAAAUCCAGGAAAGAGAGGGAAGCGGAGAUGGGAGCCAAAGCCAAAGAGUUCACCAAUGUUUACAUCAAGAACUUCGGAGACGACAUGGAUGAUCAAAGGCUAAAGGAGCUCUUUGAUAAAUAUGGUAAAACGUUAAGCGUAAAGGUCAUGACUGACCCCACAGGGAAAUCUCGUGGAUUUGGCUUUGUGAGUUACGAGAAGCACGAGGAUGCUAACAAGGCUGUGGAGGAAAUGAAUGGCGCAGAGCUGAACGGUAAAACCGUGUUCGUCGGUCGGGCUCAGAAGAAGAUGGAGAGACAAGCAGAGCUCAAGAGAAAAUUUGAACAACUAAAACAGGAAAGAAUCAGCAGAUAUCAGGGUGUAAACCUGUAUAUCAAGAAUCUCGACGACACCAUCGAUGAUGAAAAACUUCGCAAAGAGUUCUCGCCUUUCGGCUCCAUUACCAGUGCCAAGGUGAUGCUGGAGGACGGCAGAUCCAAAGGUUUCGGAUUUGUGUGUUUUUCCUCACCCGAGGAGGCCACCAAGGCGGUGACGGAGAUGAACGGCCGUAUCGUGGGCUCCAAACCGCUGUAUGUGGCCCUGGCACAACGUAAAGAGGAACGUAAAGCUCAUCUCACUAACCAGUACAUGCAGCGUAUCGCUGGAAUGAGAGCCAUGCCAGCCAAUGCCAUCAUCAACCAGUUUCAGCCUGCCAGCGGAUACUUCAUGCCAGCUGUGCCCCAGGCCCAGAACAGAACAACAUACUAUGCACCGAAUCAGCUCAACCAGAUGCGUCCCAAUCCUCGCUGGCAGCAGCAGGGUGGCAGAGGUCAGGGUGGGUUUCAGGGAAUGCCCGGCUCCUUGCGUCAACCAGGUCCUCGUGCCAACAUACGACAUCUGGCACCCAACGCCUCCACCCAAGGCCCACGUGGAAUCCCCACAGGUGCACAGAGAGUGGUUGGCACCGGCCAACCGAUGGGUCCCCGCCCGGCAAUGGGGGUGACGGCCCCACGUGCCAUGCCCCCGUACAAGUACGCCACUGCAAUACGAAACACUCAGCCUCAGGUAGUGCAGCAAAUUACACUGCAACAGGCUCAACCUGCUGUCCAUGUUCAGGGUCAGGAGCCUCUCACUGCUUCAAUGUUAGCUGCCGCUCCUCCUCAGGAACAGAAACAGAUGCUGGGUGAACGACUGUUUCCUCUCAUUCAGGCGAUGCAUCCCAGUCUAGCCGGGAAGAUCACAGGAAUGCUGCUUGAGAUAGACAACUCCGAGCUUUUGCAUAUGCUGGAAUCCCACGAGUCUCUGCGCUCCAAGGUUGAAGAGGCUGUCGCUGUGCUUCAGGCCCAUCAGGCCAAGAAAGACGCCACACAGAAAGUAGGAGUCAAUACCGUGACUGCAGCUGCAACAUCCUGACAAGUAAAGGUGUAAACCUGAAGAGAGAUCAUAACCCUGUGUGGUGUUGUCUAGUGGCAUCCAAUAUCAAAAAAAAACAAAAGAGAAAAAAAAGAGAAAAAUAUACUUGAACAUAAAGACUCUAAUUUUAAUGCAGGGCUUAUAUUUUUUAACUCUGUAAUGAUUUUUAUCACUGAUACCUAAAGUUAUUUAAAAGAAGGCUGUUUUGUGGGAGAAGAGCUUAUAAAGUAUAUUGUGGCCUGGACAUUUUCUAUGAGGUUUAAAUGAAACUUUGUGAGCUGCUUUGAUUGGACCUCAUUUGUCCCAUGACAAUAACCUGAGUGGUGUGGCACUCUGAAUAAAAGGAUGGCUAUUACAAUUUA